AUGUUUCAAAAGAGUGCUUCCUUUGCCGAGCCGGGCUCCCCCGACACAUUGUCGUCGGUGAAAGACCCCAACUCGAUAGCGACUAUCAAGAACUACCCCUGGUAUCUGAUUGUGAUCUUCAACAUUUGGAGAUGCAGCCCCGCCGAGAAGACAAUGAAAAUGGGUUCUCAGCGAGAAUUUCAAAGAAACGCCCGGAUCCAACUGUCGCCGAGUCUCUGGAACAGCCCGGGAGUGACCCUGAGCCCUUACUCCAAUGUCGGUGCCGGCAAAUCUGCCACUGCCCUCCCUUAUGCCGCUGCACAUUCAUUUGCCAGUGCCAGGCAGCCAAAUUCCAAUGUCGACUCGAGUGCCAGCGCAUCGCCCAGAGCAUAA